UGAUCCUUGCUUGUGCAUGCAGGUCAAACAUGGUAUUUGAGCACAACAAGCGACCCUUCAGUGAUGAUGAGUCAUGCCAACUUUCUCACAAGCAUCCAAGACGACUAGAUUACGGCGGUCACCUGCCUUCUUUUGCAGAAUUUGUUCUCGAUGUCCCUGGGAAACAAUAUACUUUGGGUGAAGGUGAAGAAAGCUUGGAUAAAUGUCAGGGUGAGGAGAGGGUCGCAAGUCCCACCACUACUGAACUUGCAGUUCCUGGUGACAAGGAGUUUGAAAGCAGUGCUUUUGGCAAUCUUUCUGGCUUGUCAUGGGUCACAAGUGAUAUUACUAUUGUAGAAGAAGCCAGAACUGAGCCAGCAUUAGAGAUUUCUCGCUUCCCUCAUUUCCCUGAUCAUGGCCGUCCACCAAGGGUAUUAAUUCAGUCUGAAGAGACGUACUCCUCACUUCUAGAUCAUCCCUCUCGAAGGCCUGUUUCUGUGGGCCCUGAUCAUCAAGCAGAUGUUCCUGCAUGGAGCUUACCGGAUGCUAAGGAUAGAUCUGGUUAUUUGAACUUGCCAGCUCCAGCAUUAGGUGCUGAUUCAGACGCUGAUGUUGCUUUUCCACCAUCUAAGAUGCCAUUGCCAAUUCCUUGCCCUCAACUCAUGGAGGAUGAUGAUGAAAACCUGAUGGGCAUUUGCAUCAUGCCAAUGCCUCAUGCUGACAAUGGCGGUAAUGUUGGCAAUGGUAGGACUGAUUGUAGUUGCCUGGACAAGGGUUCUGUUAGAUGUGUGAGACAGCAUGUGAUGGAAGCAAGAGAAAAACUACGGGCGAUGCUCGGGCAGGAGAGAUUUGUGGAGCUGGGAUUCUAUGACAUGGGAGAGUAUGUGGGCCAGAAAUGGAGCGAAGAGGAAGACCGUGUAUUUCAGGAAGUUGUCUUCUCCAAUCCGUUGUCUUCAGGCAAGAAUUUUUGGAAUAGACUCUCCCUCGUCUUCCCUACCAGGGCCAAGAAGGACCUUGUCAGUUACUACUUCAACGUCUUUAUGCUUCGAAGAAGGGCCGAGCAGAAUAGAUUGGACCCAUUGAAUAUUGACAGUGAUGAUGAUGAGUGGCACGGGAGCAAUGAAGGUGAGGAGUUUGCCAUAACAGAGGAAGAUGGUGAAGAUUCCAUUGUGGAGUCUCCUCUGAAUCAAGAUUUAUGUAAUGGUGAUGCCCGCGAGUAUGAUUACUGUGAAGAUGAUGAGGGUGGGGAUGAUGAUUAUGACAGUGAUGAAGAUGGUGAAGUUGCUGGUGAAGAUGAUGACGGAGUGGUUGACGAUGUUUCAGAAGCACAUGCUGGUGAUAAAUCAAGUUCAGACAAAUGGCUGUAUGGUAACAAUUCCAUUCCCAUCAUCGAGCUGGCAUCUGAUAAUCUGCGAAAUGGUUUGGAAGAUCAAGAUGUGCAGGAUGACUCGAGCACGUCCUCUGAGUGUCAGCUAACUGGAGCCAACUCCGGCCCAGCUGAUUGGGCAGUGAUGCAAGAGAACCAAGUCAAUACAGACUAUAGUAAAAGAUGGCACAGCGAUCUCAUGAAUGAGAGUCUAACAGAUGUGGUCGAAGGUGAAUAUGUUUUGGAGCCUUGUGAUUCCUUAGUAUGGGACACUGGGUUUAUUACCAGUCCAGAGAAAGGUGUUGAUUCCUUGGCUGCGUGGGAUAUGAUUGAAGAGGUCUUCAGAGAUGGGACUUGGAACGAUAAUAGGAUGUGGGAUGGUCCUGGUUUCCGCUAAUCCGGCAUAUUCUUUUUCCUUGGUGAAUGAAUUUCCUUUUAUUCUCUCAUUUGCACGAAGCAAAUUGUAGCUUCUCUAACCCACCAAGUAUUAGAGAAGCCGUAGCUGACUGGGUACAUUGGUGGCAGUAUUCUUUCCUUGAGAGUCCAAUUUCCUUGUACAUCCACGGGUGAAGAUGGAAGUCAUGUAAAAUAAUGAGUUUUCAGGAUGUCAAGGGGCAGUUUCGUUUCUAUGAUCAAGUCUGUUAUUGUUUAGGAAUUAUACGAUACUUCCCGAGGCAUUGCCCAGUUUUUUCGGGUCUUCAGUUCUAACAGGAGGGGCUGUACGCCGCUGAUCCAGGUGGGCUGGAAAAUAAAAAGAAGAAAGAAACUCUCGAGUGGAAAAAUGUGGCCUUUUGAUUGCUGGCCUUAAAAUUGACCCUUGAGAAGGUAAAUAUAAAACAAUGGUGCACUUUCAACUAAAAAGAAAGUUGAAAAUUUGGUGGAUAGGGUCUUCCAGUGUGGGAAGUUUUGCGUAAUGGCUAGUGUUUGUGGAUUGUGAAUUAUGGCUGUUACGAUUUUACAUUUGUUUAAACACAUGUAAUUCGGCUGGCAAAUGCUGAUGUAAUACGAGACGAGAUGAAAGAAUUUGUAAUCAUUGCAAUUGUAAUUUAGUUAUGCAGUUGAAAUUAUUUUUCCUUGUU